AAAAUGUUUUUUUUUUAUUUUUCAGAAAAAUGACUGGUUUGGUUCAGGACUCCCCUGUAUCAUCCCUUGUAUUUCCGGUUCUUAUGAGACCAAUCCUGUCAAAUCUUGAGAAACAAGAUGUAUCUGCAAGUCAGACAAUCAAAGCUGCCUUAUCUAAGGUGGAGCAUGCCCAUCCUGGUAUAACCUACGAGCUGGUGAUGGGUCUGGUCAGGAAAGCGGAUAUGUCGGUCAACAUGAACGAGAGCAUUCUUAGGCUUCAGGGGUCCGUGAGUGAUCAUGACAGCAUGGAGUAUAGGUCCUCAAGGACUGAGGAACCAUUUCAGGAGUUGAACCGUAAGUCUGCAUCCCUGAAAAAGAUCUUGUCCCGUAUCCCGGACGAGAUCACGGAUCGUCGAACCUUUCUCGAGACGAUCAAAGAGAUUGCCAGUGCGAUCAAGAGGCUGUUGGACGCAGUCAACGAGGUGUCCCAGUAUAUCCCGGGGGCCCAGGGCAAGCAGGCUCUGGAGCAGCGAAAGCGUGAGUUUGUUAAAUAUAGCAAAAGGUUCUCUAACACCUUGAAAGAAUAUUUCAAGGAGGGUCAACCAACAACAGUCUUCCUCUCCGCAACCUUCCUCAUCCACCAGACCAACAUGGUCAUGAUCACCGUCAAGGACAAGUGCGAGUAGAUCAUGAUCAACGAUCAGCGAUCAAGAAUUUGUUAGGUUAAGGAAGUGAAUGUUUGUUGCCAAUCGUCACCUAGUUAGUUUUCAGCUAUGUUACUUAAGUUGGGAGUUUAUUUAUUAAAUUUUUUAUUUUUAUAUUUUUUAUAUGUAAUUUUUUCAAAUUCUAAUUUCAAUGGGAUAUGAAAAAGUUGACCUAGAAAUUAAGUUUUUGAUUAAUGUAGUAUAUUCUAAUUUGUGAUUUGAUUUAUUAGUUUUGUGUUUUCCAACUGAACUUGAUACUUGAAGCAUUCAGAAAUAAAACUUGCAUUUAUUUCUUGGUUUAAAGAUUUUCAAAAUUCAAUAAUUCAUUCAUUAUUAUUCUUUAAACCGAAUUCCCAACGUUCUGUAGGAAUUGUGUUCCCAAAAUUUUCUUAAAUUAUUUAUUAUUUCUAUUUUUGUAGCUGAUAAAAUAAAAUUUUAGACUGUUUAUUAGACUCUAUAGAUAAUAUAUUGUAUAUGUAUACUUGAUUAAGAUAGUUUUAGCUC